AGCACCUUUCCUCCACUGCUGAAUUCCUUCACAAAUCAACAGCUGCCGCACUCUCCGUGCACCCUCCCCUCUCACUUGUAACUCGACCCUCCCGCGGCCCCACAGUUAUUUUUAACUUUACAUUGACCUGCAUAAUUUUUAUUAUUGUUAAAUCACGCCGGCCUGGGGACAAGAGGCCCAGACUUAUCCAUGAUUUCUGCAUCUCCUGCAGUAGCACGGCCCCUCCCACUUCUUGCCUCCUCUUCAGUUCAGGUGGUAAUUUCUCUCCUUCAGCUUUCCUAAACAGCGUUUGGAUCCAAGGGCACCGGGGCUGCUCUGCUGAGGAAGGUUGUGUCUAGUAAAAAUCUACAGCCUUGCUUUGAGUGUUACAAAUGAGGCGUGGCAGUUGCCAACCAGCCAGUUGUCUAUGGAGAUGGUGCUUGUUUGUCCUUUGGAUUUGCUCUGGAACAGUUGCCUGGCACCAUCUCACUUGUCUGCCUGCGUCUGCCUCCACCCCCGCUCCUAUCCUGGGCUUCUGGGAGGUAUUGCGAAGAGGCAUAGGAUGCACCAGCCGGGGCCUCUCCUCCACAGGUCAAGAAGUGCACGUCAUCAGCCUGCGCAGGGGAGGGCCUGCCAAUGCCCAGGUAACUCUUGUGUUGGCUCCAGAUCUUCUGAGCUGGGCCCCCAUCUUUGUAUUGCACUCCCAGGAACCAGUGCAAUGGAUGCUGUCAUCUUCCCCUGGAAAAAAUUGGACCUUCCAGGUCUCUCUGGGCUCCAGGGUCUUAGCCCCUGAGUCAGUGGCAUCUGCAGAGACUGACUUCCCAGAUACUGCCAGGGGCCUGCUUAAGUGGGCACGUAGAAAGCAUGGAGGGGUCACUUCAUUGGCUGAGUAUCAUGGAGUCAAUACAAUCUACACACGCCUGGGGGCUGAUGGGACUGCCCGGCCAACCUGCAAAUUGCGUAGGAAUUUCCUAACACCCAAGCACUUUGCCUCUGAACGCCAACUGCAGCCAUUGAGAAUUUGCCAGAAUUCUGACCCUCCUCAAGACCUUGAAGUGCACAUCAUACUUUCCAAAGGUGUUGCCCCCAGUCUGCUCUCUUCUAGGCCCAGGCUGGCCCAUCUGACUGUGGAGCUUCAUGCAGUUGGAAGAUCUCCACACCAAGGGCUCCUCUUGAUUCUGAAGAGUGAAGGAGUUGCCCAAUGGAUGGUUCGUGUUCACCGUCUCACUGGCCAGCUGCAUGUACUGGCUUCACACAAAGUCAUAGUCAGCAGGCCAGAAAUGAAGCUGCCUCUCACUGUGACCCAGCAGACAUCUCCUGAGCUGGCUUAUGCCAGUGACCCUUUACAAUAUGCAGCAGAGCAGAAGCUACCGGCAUUCACCUCUUACACCGAGGCUGAGCGGGUGAACAGGUUUCUUCUGAUUGUUGGACUAAAUGAGGCCAUACCUGCUGCUCCAGAGAACCCUGAACUCUUUGGGCCCACGUUCUUGUCCCCCUCCACACUCGCAGUGGAGAGACAGCACUUUCUGGAGGCUGCCACAGUAGGCUGGGAAAGGAAGCAGAAGUUCUUGGGAGAGGACAGUUCUGUUCUCUAUCCUGUGCCUGCACCUGAAACAGAGAAAGUUGAAUCUGCUUUAUGCUACAGAGUCCAAAAGCCCAUUCAUGAAAAGAAGGAUAUACAGAAAACAUUUACCUCAGAAGCCAUAAAGUUACAGGACCUUCCCUUUCACCAUGGUGAUGUCCUGCUCAGCCUAGAAGUGUACAGCUCUGAGGCUUUUGUCAAGCAACCAGGCCCCUGUACAGUCUCUGCCAACAGCCGGGUGUUUGUGGAGGCAUCUUUGGCCACAUAUAACUUCUGUCUUGGCUUCACCAUCCAGCAAUGCUUCAUCUCUCCCUCUUCGGACUCUUCAGUGGUAUCUCCAUACCUGCUCAUCCAGCAUGGCUGUGCAGCUGAUGCCCACGUUACUUUGCUGGAACCUGAACAGGCAGCUCAGGGCCAGGCAUUGCCCCCAGGAUACCAGCAACGUCAACGACUAAGUUUUGUGCUCCAGCCUCGCUCCAAUGACUCCAUUCAUUUCUUGCAUUGCCGCCUGACACUCUGCAGCAGGGAACCUCAUGACCCCAACAAACCUAGAGGUCCAAUCCCUCAGUGCCAGUUUGAGAACAAAGCCUGCAGGAGAGAAGAGCUGUCCAGUGGGCACUUCCAGCGUACCAUCACAAAGCCCAUCAUAGUGACCAUGGGAACUCCAUUCAGAGCUACUUCUCCUGGUCUGAGGCCAGAUAAUUUCCUGGCUAAUCAGCAAGGAAAAGCAAUGAAGGAUGCAAUGAACUUGCGGAAGACACAGCAAGUUCUGACUGCUGCUCCACCAGUUCUGGAGCUCCCAGCUGUUGUUGGCAUAGCCUUUUCAGCAUUCAUCAUUGGCAUCUCCCUCACUGGCGGCCUCUGGUUUAUUCAUUCUCAGACAGGUAAGACCACUGUCAGAAAGAAGAUCCAACUUGCAACUGAGAAAGCUCCUGAAGAAACAGCUGUUUCCAUUCCUCUGAAUAUUUCCUCAGCUUUGAAUGUAGCCAGCACUGCACACGGUUCCCUGCCCUAGAAGCCUCUCUUGAAACACAGAUUCUGGGAUGAAUUUUCAAGCUUCAAGCUUUGAUCAAGCUUUUAUAAACCUACUAGUAUUCUCCCAUAUUAGAUACAUUCAUGAAGAUUUCAGCUAUAGUGCACUAUAGUGCUCUAUUACAACUGGGGGCUUCAAUAUCUUCUUACACUGCCUGACUUGGUGCUUGAAGCUCUAGCUUCAAUAAGUAAAUUAGCAGUAGGAAGGCUUUUCAUUAUGGAACAGGGUGGAAGACUAGAAAGCUGUGUUGCUUCAUUGGAGUGUGGCUCCUUUCUCUUACUCUUACUGGGGCAUCAACAAAAGAGACUUUCCUGCUUCAGUCUGUGCUAAAGUAUGUACAUUCCUCUACUGUGUCAAACAUGCCGCUGUUCUUAUACUUGAGGAAGUUGUCAAUUAAACGCUUCGGGAGAAAAGAAAGAUCAGGGAACGUUUAAUGUUCCCACUGAGUGUCGUCUAGCUGUGUUUUCCUAUCCAAUAGUGUUAAUACUGUGUAUCCACUGUGUUCACAUGACAUGCCCUAUCCAACAAAUAAACUAUUUUAGAUCUUAAUGUAAUGAUCCAGUAACCCAAACAUACUAAGAAAAGGCCGUAUUGCCACAAUAUGUUAAACUACUACUUACCCACAAUCAUUUUAGAAUCUUGUAUCAGUUCAGUUUUCAUGAAUGAAUAUUAACCUAUGUAGAAAUAUAAACUAAACACCAGCUCCAAAAGUUUUCAAGGAAGCAAGCAGCAAAAAGUUCAAAUUUAGCAAAAUUGUUGGGAUUAUUUUUGUCAGUCAUAAUGCAAAUGAUGUAGUUUCCUUUCUAUCAGACUGCUGAGCAGACUGGCAAAAAAAAAUGCAUUGUGACUUUCAGCAGCAGUGAUCUUCAGCUUUAUAGUACUAUUAUUUUGAAAUGCCACUCAUGUGAUCAACUAUAACAUCUACUUUGCUUGCAAAACCUUAUUUAGUGGUCAGGUGAUUAAUAUCUAUGUUGCUGCACUUGUUAACAGCUUCUAAUUUAACCUUCAUUAUUGGCCCAAAUGUUGGGAGAAAAGAUAAACUGGGCUCAUUCUUACAAUCUAUACAGGAAUGAUUUUGCCAGU